GGACGAGGUGGAGGAACUCGGGUUGAGAGCCGCUGGGAACGUCUUCUGCUGCACGUCAAUGCCCGAACUGUCAAGACCGCUUGGCGAGCGUAAAGUGUUCACUGCGAUAAAGUUGAUUCUGUGCGCGAGAUAUCGGUUUGGUAGUCGGUGGGAUUUCGGCUCGGGAUCUCGCGGCAUAACGAGAACACCGGGUGCCGCGCGAAUUAGUCAGCGUCGGACACUGACUAGCGCGGUACACGCAUACCUUUGGAUCCUGACGUCGUACCCAAGAGUGCAAAUGACUACAUGUCAAAGCCAGUAAGCGGCGUACUUUAAGUGAACCUUUGAUUUUCUACAUCCGGUCGACGGAGCUGGAUAUAUCCCGCGAACGUCGAAACAAUGCUGGCGCUUAUCAAUCGGAUCCUGGACUGGUUCAAGUCCCUCUUCUGGAAAGAAGAGAUGGAACUCACUCUCGUCGGCUUGCAGUACAGUGGGAAAACUACCUUCGUAAAUGUUAUUGCGUCAGGGCAAUUUAGUGAGGACAUGAUUCCUACUGUUGGGUUCAACAUGCGCAAAAUAACGAAAGGCAAUGUCACUAUAAAGGUAUGGGACAUUGGAGGUCAACCAAGGUUUAGGUCUAUGUGGGAACGAUACUGUAGAGGUGUGAACGCGAUAGUAUACAUGGUGGAUGCAGCCGAUCCUGAGAAAAUAGAAGCAAGUCGCAACGAGCUACACAAUCUGUUGGACAAACCUCAGCUAGCUGGUAUUCCAGUGUUGGUUCUCGGCAACAAAAGGGAUUUAGCUCAUGCUUUAGAUGAGAAUGGACUCAUAGAAAGAAUGAACUUAGCUGCUAUUCAAGAUCGUGAAAUCUGUUGCUAUAGUAUCUCGUGCAAAGAAAAAGACAAUAUUGAUAUUACAUUGCAGUGGCUUAUAGCACAUUCUAGAAGUGGUGUUCGCUAAUACGUGUAACAAAUUUUCUGUUCUUAUACAUUCUUAUCGGAAAACCCAAGAUAUUGAUAGCAGAAUUGGGAUCAAACAUGCGAGGAAGUGUUCGGCAAUUUUAUUCUGAAUUGAUCGAUUAUCGUAGAAAAAUGUUCUUUUCGAAAUCUAAGCUUUAGCUGUCCUUCGUUCAGGCGUAUAAAGAGGAAAAAGAUCGUAGAAAAUGUCGUGGAAAAAAAGAUACCAAGGAAGUUAUGCUUAAGCCAAAUAUGUUCGAGCGAACGAUAACGGAACACAUACAUCCUUGCGAGCACUUUUAGGGAUAAGUGAACAUACCUUUUUAUAUUGCGUUUCUAGAUGAUCAGUUCGAGUAACACUGCUGUUGUUCUAAUACAUAAAACCAUCAAACGAGCAAAUAGCAUUUAAACGGUUAACGUAGAAACAAUGGUAGCUAGUACGAAUACAGGCGCAAAAUAACAUUACUUUAUCAUAUAGUACACAUUCUCGGAAAUAUUUAAUUACCAUUAAUAAGUCACGGCAUAGAGAUUACGUACAUUUGAUCGCUAUAUGUACACGAAUAUGACGCUAAGUAAACUUGUAUAAUUAAUGGAGAAUGAUUAACUAUAUUAUACCGAUUUAUUAUGAUCCUCGGAAAAUAUGACAGUUGUGUUAUGUAUAUACACGUAUAUAUAUAUAUAUAUAUAAAUAUGAGAAGAAUAAAAUGAUGUAAUCCAUUUUUUAAAUGGAGGAUCGUCUCUGAAGAAAUUUCUACAAUCAUUGAAGAAAAGAAAAAUAAAAUAUUGUAUGUUUUUAAAACGA